AUGGCCCGAAACUAUGAUGCCGCCAUCUCGGCACUCAAUUCGCUGCAGAGCAACUUUACAAUCAUUCAGGAGGUCAACAAAGAUCGAAAGAAUAUGAACUUACGGUCGAUCCCGGAGAUGAUUGAGUGGCUCCGGCGUAUUGGAUACAAGUCCUCCGACCUGAACCGCCUGAAUCCCGUACAUAUCGCAGGUACGAAAGGGAAGGGUUCGACAUCAGCGUUUGUCUCCUCCAUCCUGUCCCAGUACACCGCAUCCCAAUCGCCAGAACUGGAACAGUCGUCCCGAAAGCUCUCCAAGAUUGGCCUUUUUACCUCGCCUCACUUGCGAUUUGCCCGCGAGCGCAUCACCAUCGACAAUACCCCACUGUCGGAGGAAAAGUUUGCUCAAUAUUUCUUCGAGGUUUGGGACCGCUUAGAGGAAUCUGCCCGCGUGGCUGGGGAAGAUGCCGCCAGUCUGCAGACAAAGCCGCAGUACUUCCGCUAUUUGACUCUGAUGGCGUUCCAUGCGUACCUCAGCGAGGGCGUAGACGCCGCGGUCAUUGAGUGUGGGAUCGGUGGGGAGUACGACAGCACAAAUGUGAUUGAACAACCUAUCGUCAGUGCGAUCACCAGCUUGGGAAUCGAUCACACCGCUCUCCUGGGAAACACUGUAGAUGAGAUUGCCUGGCAUAAAGGUGGAAUCAUCAAGUCCGGCGCCAAAGCUUUUAGUGCUCCGCAGCCCGCCAGUGCGGAGGAGGUUCUACGCAAGCGUGCCCAGGAGAAGGGAACUCAGCUGCAGGUCGUGCCGCGGCACCCUGAUCUACGCGCUGAUGGUGACAUCAAGCUGGGUCUUGCCGGUGAUUUCCAAUAUACAAAUGCCUCCUUGGCUACUGCAGCGGCGGCCGAGUUCCUCUCGAAGUUGGGCAUUGAGAAUAUUCCUGCUGACUUUAUGGAGAAACCACUGCCACCUAAAUUCCGCAAGGGAUUGGAGUUGGCUCGAUUGGGUGGCCGAUGUGAGACUCGACGGGAGCGAGAUGUCACCUGGUACAUUGACGGUGGCCAUACCUUGGAAAGCAUCAAGUUGGCCGGUCAAUGGUUCGCUUCCCAGAUUCAGCUCAACUCUUCAUCCACUGUUGCAGCAGAGAAGAAACUGCGCCUCUUGAUCUUCAACCAACAGACUCGUGAUAGCAACGCCCUUGCUCAAGCCCUUCAUGAUACUCUCUCUGCCGCUUUAGGAUCGGAGAAACCUUUCACACAUGCAAUUUUCUGUACCAAUGUCACAUACAAGGAUGCUGGCUAUCGGCCAGACCUUGUAAGCAUCAACACAGAUGCAUCCGAUGUCGAGAGACUGCGGGUGCAAAAUAGCCUUGCGGCGAAGUGGAAUGAGAUCGAUCCCGAAGCUGAAGUGAGGGUUUUCGGGACCAUUGAGGAAGCCGUCGAAUUUGCCAGGACGCUUGCAAAUGAGGAGAGAGGCCGCAUAGGCAAUGAUGAGGCCCCUGUGAUGACCUUCGUUACAGGCAGCUUGCACUUGGUCGGUGGCUUCCUUGAUGUUAUUGAGACCAAGCCUGGUCCACAGUAA